AGGUAAAUGAGCCCUACGGAUAGCGACGGUUUACGUACGUAGCAUCUUCUAUUCUUAAUAUAACUUUAUUCUAAAUUUCAUUUAUACAAUAAUUGAAAUUGUUUAAAAUGUAUGUAAAUUAGGAAUUAUCAUUUACUGUGUCUGGUUUUAAAUUGCGAAACUGCAAACUAUACCAUUUACUAUGCGCUCUACUUUUCACAACCAAAAAAAAAAACAAAGAAAAAGCUAUCGCAAACACGUUCCCAGGUCCCAGUAAAAUGAGAAAAUAAUUCAGAUCAGCUUCUUCCAAAAGACGGAGGCACGGAAAAAUGCCGUAGCGCAAAACGAGAAACAUUAGCAACUUUCAGCUUCUUUUCCCAGCUGUUUUAUCGGCCAUCGUUCCUUUCCGGCCAUGUGGGCUACUGGCGAAAGUGACCACUUGUGCUCACUGCUUGCAGUCCUGUACGGAAUACAAAUUGAAAUAAUCUAAUUCACAACGCUGGUAGGGAUCCAGGCCAGAACGUUGCUAACAACAAUAAGAGAGAGAGGAAAAAAGCACAACACACUAGUCACGGGUUUAAAGCAAAUCCAGCAGCAGAAGCAUCUGCCGGAUGGAAGGAUGGAUAAUUUCUUUUGCUCACCUUUUUUUGCAUUGCUUUUUUAAAACUUCGAAACGUUAAGCGACAAAAGCUUUGAAACGGAAGAAUUCCAUCUGGACUACCACACAGACAACGGUUUUCGUGGUUUGCAGUACCUACGAGCGACCGAAGCUCGAAGUGUCCUGCAGCGCGCUCACGGAAGUGGUAGAUGCAGCAAAGGAUAAUUGUUCAUUGAGCCCUUUAUCAUAUAAUUAGGCGUCUCACUUUCUUCUAGCUACACAGCCCCAUACACUACCGUUCUGGUCGAUUAACCCGACGACACAGUGUGGUAGGAUCUGUUUCUGAGAUCGUUUCUGUAACAGAAAAUUCGCCCAAUACGCUGGAACUUGCAUUAAAACACUGCAGGCUGUGGCAUAGACCUAAUUAUAUGAUAUACGAUGAAACAAUUUCUUAUCUGCAUCUUGCCUGACUUCGAUGGUAGACAUAAAAUGGUAGGUUAACACUAAUAACUCCUGAGCGUUGGCGUUAGUCUAGGGUUAGAACUCGAAUUUCACAUGGUCCGAAGCGUUCCAGUAAUUGUUAAAAUCAUAGACAUUUUAGGCGACCGUUGUGUACAGUGUACUUUGCACAUUAAACACGGUGAUAAUAUACGCUUUAAUUAUAAAGAUAAGAAGCAAAUGGGAUGGGAAAAAAAAAUUCAUCGACAUAGAUAUAAUCGUCACAAACACUUCUAGGAAGUAAGAAUUAGAUUUUUCACAUCAAGCUCAUUUCUUCAUACUAUUGUUGCUAUCAUCGAAAUCCUUUUACCAGUAUUCAUUCAUUUUGAAAGUGUAUUAAAUCACAAAUCAAUUUUGCUACUGCUUCGUUCGCUUUGAUCUCUUUUUCGGUGAAAAGAAAGGUGGACAAUAACUUGCAGUGCAAUCAUUGUGUUUUGCAAAACAAAACUCUUCAAUGAUGGGUUCUUUUCGUUCCCAAAAUAACGUUCAUAAGCACUACGUUUUGCGCAGCAUUUUCAUCUAACUCGUCUCAUGUUGAAGCCAUGUUAGCUUCGUGUGUUUGUUCCUUGAACAGGUUCCAUUUCGGCUAUGGGUUGAUUCUUCCACAUCAGCUUAAAGCUGAACACUGUACAGCAUCUCCAGUUAUCGUGUUAUCGAACCGUCGGACAUAAAUUUAAUUUUCUUUUUAAAUCCACUACAGCACACACGUGGUGUAUGAGGGCCUUGGUUAGCAACAUGAAAAUUCAACAGAAUAGAUAUUACAUUCCCUCAUCUUCUCAUACGCUCGCACCUUCUUUCUUUAUCGUGUUUUUUUGGUUUGUUACGGCGAAACUCAUUUCUCUCGGUAUAUUUUUGCUGGUUUCCAGAUUCGCCGUCUUUCGGUGGCGUGUAUCCUUAGGUCGUUCUUCAUUUUUACUGUUUCCUUGACCCUAUUGCUUCGUAACCAAAGAUGUCUUGAUAUUGUGUUUAAGUAAAAACGCAUAUUUUGCAGGUAAAUGGGUAUUUUUACUUCAAUCAAUCUUACUCUUUGUGUCCAAUUUUUUUAUCAUCCUUGAACAUGUGUUAUUAAAUUUAGUUGAAUGAAAUUUACAUCAUCUUCGACUUAAUACUAGCUUUACAAUGUAUAAACCACUAAGAAAUAAUAGUAAAACAUAAAAGAAUCUAUUUCACUUUUCUUGUUGGUAUUUGUAAAGUAGCUUGUAAACGUACGAUGGAAGCGAAGCUUAUACCAUCGAAACGCGUGAACUCAGACCUAACAACCAAGAUUUCUAAUACACGGAAACGGUAUCUUUUCGAGCUAAAACUAUAAAAAAAUCGCUAGGAAUUACCGUUCGAACUGUACUAAUAGUGCAGAUUACAAAAGCUAAGCUAAUUAUCACAUCAUUCGUUAUCUGUUCUUAAACCUAUUGUAUAAUGUCACUUCCUUUCUUCGAAAACUAGCGUAUAAUAGGCAGAUAAUGAAUAGGAUAAGUAUGCCGAUAAAGCAUAGAACCAUUCGUGUUAUAUAACUAAGAACUUAUCCAUAUAGCGAACCAUAUGUGAACUGAACGAAGGGAAGAGAGUUGUCACGUUGACGGUGUGAAGUUGCUAACUUGAUAUUGCUCCAUAACCAUGAACGGGAUACAUUCACUAUUUUGUUAUCAUAUCAUAGAACAUGUUUAUACAAAAGUUUAUGUUUUACGACAAACAAAAAAGCCUUUUAUUGUUUUCUGAAUACAUUUUUGAUAUUAUUAACAAAAAACACUGUUAACACAAUAGGCAAAUAUUACAAAUACCAAUCCCAGCAUUGUGAAGUGAGCAAAAUCACUUUAACGACUCGUACCGUGAAAUCGUGACGCGGUUUGCUUCAAUCACACGUUGAAGCAAACGUGAAAAAAGACAAACAUAAAAUUGCUUUGGAAGAUUGCUUUAAACAAUUGUACAUAAUUUUGAAACAAUUCAAACAAAACGAACGAAAAUCGAUCAACAGAGUAACAAAACCCAAUACAAUAAAACAACUGACGUAGUGACGGAACAUGCAUAGUAGCGUGCCGUAAUAUAUACACAAACACACAUAUAAGCGAUUAAAUCCGUGGGGGAAUCGUUACGUCGUUGCUCCAGAAAGGAGCGGUAGCAAAGAAAAGUGAAAGAAGAAAAAGCAGCAGCACGCUCACUAACGAUAAGGUUGGGGAGGGUUUUUUUCCGCGGUAAAAGAUAACAACCUACUAUCUUUGGGCGAAAUGCAAACAUCCCUAAAAAAUAAGUAUCCCGAUAGCAUCACCGUUGAAAACAAUAUCAACCCCUAUCAAACUUCAAUUUUCAGCGCAAUGGCAAUGCUUUACUCACCUUUCCUUUAAGGUAAAAGCUUUCACCCUUCGGUCUAAUAUCCUUUAGCACCUUAUUUCAGUGCCAGAGAAAGAGAAAUCUUGUUAAAGAACCAUACAAAAAAAAACAAUACUUUCCUCCCGUUUCCGACAUUUUUACGUACAUUCUUGCCAUCGGGUUCCAUUUUGCCUGUAAAGUGUGUCAAAAUAUGGGACCCAUUUACUAUUUGCAAACUUGAAAAUUUACGAAUUUACUCGCUAUUACCGUGUGCGAACAGUUUUCACCCAGGGUACACAGUGGUAAUAAAUGUCACCCGCUGCAGAUACCCGAGCAUGCUUCUACAUAGCCGCCCAAAAACCCAAACCCCCUCCCCCAAACACCCGUGAACCAAAUAUGUAGUAUCGCUAUAAAGCAGAGGAAGGAAAUAAAUAAAUAAUACACCGAACAAACACAAAGAUUCAACACUUUAGAAAUAUUGACAAUGUGUGCCUUAUGAUGUAUUUUCUGCUAAGGUUUUGUUGUCGCUCGUGUUUCUCAUUAAUGGACACGCGUGCGGAAAAACCGCUCCGGGUGAGAUGUAUUUUUGAUAAACAUAAACAUAAAAAAAAAUACUAGAAAAUCAACCCUCACAACCAUUGCAGACCAGCAUGGCGUCUGAGAUAAAGGGAUGUAUGAGUGUGUAUGGGAACUAAAAGAGAGUCUUGAGUGAAUGUGUGUAUGUGGAUGUGAAAAAGCCCGAAUAACAAAACUAGAAGUAUUGUCUAUUUAGACAUGCUUUUUUACCUCUUACUUUAUAAAUCCUCUUGUUUGCAAGCAUAUAAAAACCUUCCGGUGCGGUUUGAGCCAACCGUUGGAAGGAUGUACCACAUAAUUCUCAGUGUCGCCAGACCGUUUGCUGGUAAAGUGUUGAAUGUGUACAAACACACAAAAAAUCUAUACCGUUUACAUAACAUUUCUGCUAUCAAACAACCCCCCAAACAAAAACGGAAGCUAAAUUCCCAAACAUAACUUCACUUUUCACCUAAUUCAGGACACACAACGCAUUUACUUUUUCUCCUUUCGCACACACAAUUGUGUAGUUAUGCCUUACGGGAUUACUUUAACUCAAACUUUAUCCGCUUUCGAUCCUGAACACAUUUCAGUGGGGGAGAAUCCUUAACCCUCACUGUUACCAUUACAACAUGAAACAAUGGCACAAUGAUAUUAGAGUUGUAAGAGGUCCCGGGAACUAAACAAUAUGCGGUGUAUAACGUAAAAGGCUUCCAUAAGCGAACCAGCCGCUUCGGAGAGCACUGGCCGUCGUAUGGCGUUUGUAAAUAUUAGUCUAGAGAAGGUUAGUCCGUAAAUAUGUGCUGCUAGCACAAACAUAGCGCUAAGGAACCAUUCAGACAUAAACAAAUAAAUCCAAAGACGCAGGACUCUGUACGACAGUUUAGCAUUACAAAGGCAGAAUCCGUUUGGUCAAACAGAUACCAAUACACUAAGGUGGAAGUGCAAUGAUGGCAAAUAAAGGCGAACAAUUAGGCUGUUUCAACGAGUAAAGUAUCAGAUUUAAACGCACACACAUAAAUGCGGAUUUAAACCGAAGAUCAGGAAUGUGCUACACAAAAUCGUGAAAACAGGUGGACGUAAGGCCUUCAAAUGCUUCUAACGUAUCUUCUACUGCUACGACCAUAUGUCACUCCUUUCCCACAUAUGCCACACACCGACACACACACACGCGUUUAUUAUGAUAUUUAGAUAGCAGCUUUAAUAAUUUGUUGACUCGAUUAUUAAGAUAUUCCGAUAGUGAGGUAAAUUAACAAUUAGGCACUAACUGUAGGCCCAUGGAAAAAUGGGGAAGAUACAUUUAGCAGGGGAAACUUCAUUUUUAGUGAGCGAACAAAAUGAAGCAUACUGUGUGCUAGACCGAAACACUAAACAGAUGAUGAAUUAAGCUAACAAUUGAAAUAAAUUAGUAGGUAAAGGUGGAUACGCGCGGAAACCAGCUGAGCGCGUUAAGUGAUUUCAACAAAAUUCCUUGAAUGAUAGAUUACUCAAUACUCAAGAGUCUAUAUUGAACUGUUAACUCGUUUCUCUGUAAAUUACACGAUUUGCCUAUAGUAGAGUGUAUGUGUGUGCGUGUAUGUGUACCAGGGAGUGAAUAAUACUGAAAGGGACGAAAGCGUUUGUAAUAACUUUAGCAGGAAAAGUAAAACUGCUCGCACUAUUAAACACGAACCCGGCGGAUACAUAGAAGAAUAGGGCACGGGCAGACAACGGCAACAUAUAAUCAAAAGUGUCCUAACGCAUAUGAGAGAUAACGUGUGGAAUUUAUGAUGACAGAAACAAAAAUCUAUACAUAUAAAAUAAAACCCAAUCUUCCGUGCUGAUUGCUUGCAGAUCCACGAUCGGGAUUGUUAGUAUUAUGGACAGAGAGAGAGAGAGCAAGAAAAAAAACAUGGAGAUCCUUUUAGAGAUACGUGCUGAAGUAAUGCAUGGCAUAAACAUGAUGUCGAUCGCUGAUGAAAAAUGAUACCUUUUUUAUGUUGCCCGUUCCCAUCAACCAAUGGUAAUAACAUAAUCGUUUAAUUACUUGGCAGUAUAACAAACAGCUAAUCUGUAGAGGCCUGUCUGCCAAAUCGAUUAAUAAAAUAGCAAAGAAAAACCCGCAAUAUUCAGCAUGAUAAAACAUGCUAUAAAACAAGUAUCCCCCGAGCCUGAUGACUAGCGACUGGCGCACAAUGUACCCAGUUUCCGCAGGGUAGGCGCGAGCUUCGGCGAGGUUUUAACAGCGCAGGGCGUGGCAUGAAAUCAAAAUGGACAGCGAAUUAAAUGCAUUAUUCCUCGGCUCAUUAGCACGCUUUUGACACACUGCAUCGGUUGACGAUGGUUUUUAUCUUCAUGGAAAAGCUUUUUUUUUAGUACAAGCUCAAACACUCGGGGAUGGCGUGCGAGGGGCACAGCUGAUAAACAUUCGGUAAAUUGAAAAUUUAAUUUAACGCUCCGCUUGCAGCACUUGGAGAAGUCGAUUGAAAUGAGGUGCAAAAACAGGAACCGGUGAUAGAAUCGAACACAACAACGGAUGGAGUAGCGUAAGCAUUUAAUUUACAAUGUACGUGAAUGAUAAGUUCUACCAGACGGGAAAGCAGCAGAGAAAAUAGCAUGCGCGCCUGAAUAAACAACGGAAAACGGAACAGUCGUUGAGUAAUUGGGUAAAUUGAUUAAUUUUCCUACUUUCGUUUCUCCAAAUUGUGCAGCGGCCGAACGAGCGAUCGAUUGAAGUUGUACAAUGGGAAAUUUAAUGGCGAUUCUCAAUAGAAGUGCUGUUGUUCUGUAUCGUUAUUGAUCGAUUUGUACCAAACGUAUAGAAACUGUGUGAGGUGGAAGAAAUCAUCGAAAACAUGAAAUUGCUUGUGUAAGUUCUGCAACAAAAACAAAACCAACCCAAGAUAAAGCCGAAAAACACAACCCCCUACCCGCGAACAGGAAAUUCAAACAAAACUUGCAUGUUACUAAAAUAAACGUUUAAUGUUUACGACCAAAUCAAAACAAAACAAAAAUAAAACGGGAGAAAGGGGAAAAAAUUAAAUAUUCUUAGCAAUGUAUUAAAUAAACCCACUGGUGAUGGUGUGUUACGAUGUAAACCAGAGUGUGUAUUAGAGUAUGUAUAGGCGAAAUACAUCGACUUUAGCGAACCAAAACAAAAAUGAGAAAAAACUUUAAAAAAAUACAAUUUAAAAACCCGCUAACUACUGCUCGUUCAUUCAAAGAUAUAAACAUAUAAUAAACUGAUAUUAUAAAUUUAAACUAAACCAAACAAAAACCCAGAAGGAUACUUAAUUCCUUCAGCUAAAACAGAACAACCUGUUGUAAUUAUUGUAAACCAUGCAUAAAAAACCGAUAGCGAUAAGCGAGCGAGGCACCGUAGUGAAUGAAUGAUGCUAGAACAGAACGGUUAAAAAUGCAACAGUAUAAAACAAAACGUCUCGGCAUGUAAUCAGAACAAGAAGGGGAAAAGCACGGUGAGAAAGUGAACGCGCAGAGCAUAGCAAUGCAUAGCAAAGAAACUAAUUAAAUCUGUUAUCUUGAAACUGAUGUGUUGUAAAUAACCUAAGCAUAAUGCACAGAAAACAAACGUAACAAAACGAAAAUCAGAAAAAAAGAAUGAAAAGGACAGUCAGAAAAGGCAAGAGGAAACGAGUAACGGGGGAAACAAUACAACAAAAAUAAACAAACAAAUGAAACGAACAAUUUGAAAUAAAGACGAUUGAAAUAUUUAAA